AUGUCUUCAACUUUUAAUAUUAGUUUAAAUAUAAAUGUAAAUAAAAUGUCAUCGAUUGAAAUUAAUAUAUUAUAUAUAAUAACAAUAACUGGAAUAUAUUUGUUAAUAAUAGCUAUAUAUAAAAUGAAAUCUUCAUGUUUUUUAUUUCAUCAUUGUAUUAUUUGUUUAAUAUUAUCAGUAUUAUGUUUACCGUAUUUAUUAAGUUUUUCAAAUUAUUCAAUACGAUGUGAUUAUUUAGGCAAUAUACAAGUUACUUGUGUUACAGCUCAAUUAUUGAAUAUGGCUGCUAUGGUUGCUAAUGAAGCUUAUACAUUUGAAGAUCUUAUUCAUCAAGAUUUAUCAUUAAAUAAUUCUCAUUCUCAUUCACAUUCACAUUCACAACAAAAUUCUCAUAGUUAUUAUCAAUAUCAAUUAAAACAAUCAAAUAAAUCAACUAUUUCAUGUGGUUGUCUUUCUUUUGGAAUUUUAAUUAUUUGGUUUUCAUCAGUUAUACUUCAUUUAGGUAUAACAAUGAUUGGUAGUGAAUCGAAAUCGUAUUAUGAUAAUGAUGGACAAUAUUGUAAUUUUAUAAUUCGAGAUAUUCGUGGAUAUGUAUUAACAUUAAUGUGGAUUAUAAUAACAAUAUUUUCAUUAAUGAUAACCAUUCGAUAUAUUCAUAAAAUUUUAAGUGAAGUAUCAUUGAAACGUCGAAAUAAUCAACCAUUACUUUCAUUAGCUAUUCUUGGCCAAUAUCAUGGACAAACAAUUGCAACGAAAGAUAUUCUUAUGCAACAAAUUCAAUUGAGAAUUAAACUUAAUAUACUACUUAUUGUAUUAUUUAUUAUUUUUUGGUUUCCAUUAUUUAUUGUUACUUUAUGUGACAUUAAAUUUAAAAUAAGUGAACAAAUACUGAGGUAUUUAUUGUUACUUGCUUGGUCGAAUUCUUCCAUAUCUCCAUUAACAUAUUGUUUAUUAUUACCAAAAUGUAAUUAUUUAUGUAGAUUAUGUUGUCAAAAGGAUCGUUCAACAACAUAUGAUUCUUUAACAUCAUACUAUAAUAGAAUUGGUGACCGAUUUCAUGAUAUUGGAAAAUGGGAUCAAUAUGAUCAAGAUAAUCAACAAAUAAAUAAAUUGAAUAAAACAUCUCAAAUAAAUUCUCAUAAUUUAGAUAAUGAUAUUCAUCUUGAAACUGAUUUUGAUGUUGAUCAUGAACAUUUAAAUGAACAUAAAUUUCGAAAAAAACUUACUUUUGAAAAUCAAUACAAAUUAAAUGAAUUUCGUCCUAAUCAUUCAAAUCUAUAUAAUACAAAAUCAAGUUCACUUAUUGUUAAAGAAAUAUCAAAUAAUAAAGAUGAUAAUUCGUCAUCAUCACUAUCAUCGUUAACAACUAUAACAAAUAAACAAGAUCAUUUAUCAAAUGGAUUAAUUGUUACUAGUAUUAAAAACGUCCAUUUAUGA